AUGUCUUUGGUUGAGACAACAAAAACCAAUCUAGAUGAAUAUUUCCCCGGUGUGGAAUUAGAAAACCACAAGCAAUUUGCAGAAUGUGAGAGGAGCCUGGGCCUGGGUGAUUUUCCCAGGAGCAGCGACACUGCUGAGAAGAGUCUGGAUUUUAGUCAAUCCCUGUGUUCCUGCAGAACUUCAAGUUCUCAUUGUGAUUACUCAGAAGACUUUGUCUCAGAAUGUUCAGAAACAGCUGUCAGUAGAGAUUAUUUGGAGCAGCCUGUGAUAACAGAAAAGAAGGAGCAGAAGAAAAAACAUGUUUCUAGAUUCUCCCAACCUAAAGGCCCUAAGGAAAUCUCAGCUGAAAAAAAGCACAGCUGGAACACAUCAGUUUUAAAUUCUCAAACCAAUGUGAUUACCCAAAGGAGAAAUGCUCUGGCUCAUCGCAUAAUGUCCGCAAGGCUUUGUAAGAUUAAAGAACUGAAAAAUGAUCUAGCUGAUAUACAUCGCAAAUUGGAAGCCACGAUCAUAGAAAAUCAAUUUUUGAAGCAACUGCAGUUCAGGCACUUGAAAGCUAUUGGAAAAUAUGAAAACUCACAGAAUAAUCUUCCUCAAAUUAUUAUUAAACAUCAGAAUGAAGUAAAAAAUCUAAGGCAGCUUCUUAGGAAAUCCCAGGAAAAGGAAAGAACUGUGUCUAGGAAACUUAGGGAAACUGACAAUGAAUUACUGAGAACUAAGGAUGCCUUACAGGCACUGCAGAAACUUGCUGAAGAUAAAAAUCUUGCAGAGAGGGAAGAACUUACUCAAAAUUUAUCUGUUCUCACAACAAAAUUGGAGGCAAAUGACAAAAGAAUACAGAGCUUGGAAAAACAACUGAGGUUAAGCAAGAAAGCUUUUAAUCAGCAGUUGGCUGUUGAGAACCGGAAGACAUUUGCAGCUCAAACAGCUACAAAGACUCUGCAAAUAGAAGUAAAACGACUUCAUCAAAAACUUAAGGAGAAAGCUCGAGAGCUUGAAAUUAAAAAUAUCUAUACUAAUCGAAUACUUAAAAAUUUACAUGACACAGAUGAUUAUCCAAAAGUUUCUUCAACAAAAUCAGUACAAGCAGAUAGGAAGAGCUUUCCACUUAUAAGUAUGAGACACCAGGAAACCCAAAAAUCAAAUGUUUCAUCUUUGACAACAAAGACUAAAAAGCCAACAGGAAACAUUGCUCAUAAAGAAAAAUCAACUGAAAUAAACUGUGAAAUUUCUCACAAUAUCAGUAAACUACCAAACCAAGAUCCUAAGAAAAAGCAUGAAGACUUGUCCAAAGAAGAGGUACGUCUAGAAAUACAAGCACCUGUGGAGAAUACUGACAAGAGAAAAAGAGAGAAAAGGGAAGCUAAAGAAAGGAAAAUCAUUUUAACUAUAGAAGAACAAGUCCUACCACCAAAAAAUAUUCCAGUAAUUCAUCCUGAAGAGGAAAGCAAUCAGGAAGAUGACUUAGUAAAAGAAAAAUGUGAGAGCGUACCAGUUAAUGACCUGGGUGAGCUAGCCGACAAGUAUGCUGUUCCAAAUGUCAAGCUACACUUACGACAAAGAAAGCAUUACUCAUUCACAGAAACGAUUGAAAACUUGCAUCAUGGACUUCCUACUUCAAGUGGUUCAGCCAGUGCAGGCAUCACAAGAAGCAAUCACAGUACCUGCAGACAGCGUGGUGAUACAGAACUGAAACUAGAACAUUCAGCUGGUGGGUACGAACCUUCUUUUGGUAAGUCCUCCAGAACAAAAGCAAAAAGCACAACUUUCAGAGAUAAGAAAAGCAGCCUAAUGGAAGAACUCUUUGGAUCAGGCUAUGUCUUAAAAGAUGACCAAAUAAGUCCAGUUGUUAUGAAAGGACCAGCUGAGACUGUGAAAAGUGAAAAGCUAUGCCAACUACCUCGCAGUCAGGUCUCUGCCAGCAAUGCUUUUGGAGACUCUAAAGUAACUGUGGUAAAUCCUAUUACGCCAUCUUCACCUACAGAAGGGAAAAGAAAAAUAAUUCUUUAA